GGCUGCAGCCUGUUUUAAAAUCCCCUUUUCAAUUUCCAAAACGAAAACUGCGAGAAUUAAUAGCCUCAUUCAAGUUGUCCAAGAGCUCCGAAGUCUUUUCGAACAGCAAAGCACUGCAUCCAGAGCGAUUGCCCGACUUCUUCGCCCAGAGAACACUGGGACAAGGCAGCCUCAUUCCACAGGGCAAAUACAUCCUUCUCAACAAACAUGAAGAGCAAAGACCUCAAUAUGACCGCCCGACAGGUUUACUUGUACAAGCCAAUUUCACUUGAGAGCAAAGACAUACGCCUUCUACACUUGUUACCCGGCAAGUGGGAAGAAGACAUUCAAUGCCAAUUGGAGGUUAUAGGACUCGAGAAACACCCAGUGUAUGAAGCCUUGUCCUACGCAUGGGGAGACCCCAAAGUCGUACGGCCUAUCCUCCUUGACGGCGAGCAAAUGAACGUCACGAUCAAUCUCGAGUCGGCGCUAAGACAUCUGCGAUUUCCGGGGUCCACGCGCAUACUCUGGGUUGAUGCACUUUGCAUAGACCAGAAGACCGCUGUUGAGAAGACACAUCAGGUCGGUAUGAUGGAUGAGAUCUACAAGCAAUGCUUUAGGGUUAUCAUCUGGCUUGACAUCUCGCCCAUAUCAACGC